CGCGCUCCACCCCUCAUGUCCCACUCGCGGGUCGGCUCCGCGCUCGCCGGCUCGUCGCGCGGGCGCUCCGCGCAGUCGGCAACGCCCGCGUCGUCCGUGGCGCAGCGCUCGCGGCCGCGCUGCCCGCAGUGCGGCUCGCGCCGCUUCCGCCGCGAUGCCGGCACGUCGCUCGUCGUGUGCCAGGAGGGCCACGUGCUGCAGGGCUUCCGCGACGAGGAGGCGCAGGACGGCGACGAGUGGGCGGUGACGACGGGCAAGCGUGCGAUCCGCAAGCUGCGCGCGGGGCGCCGGCGCGGCACAGAGAGCACGGCGGUGCGCGGACUGUGGCACGGCGCUCGCGGCGACUUUCUCCUCUUCCAGUGUCUGCAGCUCGUGCUGCGCAUGCAGCUCGCGGCGCUGCGCCACGAGUGGCCGCACCUGCCCGACGAGAUCGAGCCCGUUGCGCGCGACCUGUGGGCGCUGUACGUCUCGCUGAACGCCAAGCUGCGCCCGGCGCCGUACACGGAGCAGCUCGCGCACGCACAGGAGGAGGCCGGCCUGGCCGCCUCGCUGCACGCAGACUCAGACGGCGGGCGCAGCCGGUCGCGCUCUCGCUCGCGUGCCGCAGAGGCCGCUCGGGCACGCGCUGAAGCCGAGGCCGCAGCGGAGCGCGAUGAACAGCGGCGUGCGGAGCGCGAGGAGCGCCGUGCGACGAAGCGCCGCCUGCGCGAGGCCGAGGGCCGCUCGCCGUCGCCCUCCGACUUUGACUCGGACGCCACGACCGAGUCGGGCUCGCAGCACUCCAGCCUCGGCACGCCGGCGCGCAGCAGCCGCUCGCGGGCCGGCUCGUCGGCGUCGGGCAUGUGGACAGACACAGACCCUGGCCUGGACAGCGAUGUCGAGGGCGACAACCUCGGCAGUGCACCCGACCGCGAGCACCUACGCAGCCGCGCGUAUCCCAGCCAGCAGCCGUCGCGCAAGGGCACCGAUGCAGACGGCACGCCGCUGGUCAGCGUGACGGCCGUGCUGUACUUGGCGCUCAUCAUGCUGCGCGUGCCCGUCGUGUGGGAGGAUCUGAGGGUCCUCAUCGCCUCGCAUCGGCUGCCGUUCCUCAACGCGGGCCAGCUGCUGCCCGCAGAGCUCGUCUACCAUCUGCCCGGCGCGCAUAUGCGCAAGCUGGAGCCCGGAACCACCCCGACCGUCGCCCAGCUACACGCACGCACCGUCAAGCUUGCGCAGCUCAUGUCGCGCGACUUUGGCGUACAGCUGCCCGAGUUCAAUGCCGCGCCCGUGCUCUACCGCUGCGUGGACGCGCUGCUCCUGCCGCCGACCUUCUAUGUCGCGGCCAAGGCGCUGGCGAGCUACGUGAAGCUCUCGCUGUACGCCGUCGAUGCAUACGCGACGGCAGAGCCCUGGAGCGCACCGGACGAGAGCGCGAGCGCGACGAAGCGCGAGACCGGCCUAGUCGCGACCGGCACGCUGGCCGCACCGCGCUGCAUGGCGCUGAUGGCGGCGGUGUGCGUCGUGGCGAAGCUGCGCUGGGGCUGCGACGGCUGGCACCGCGUCGAGCACGCCGACACGCCGCCGGCCGGCACGAAGCGCUUCGAGCCGUGGCUGGAUGCGCUGGAACAGGCACACCAGGCCUUUCUAGCCGACCCACGCAGCGCACACCUCAGCGAAGUCGACAUUCUCGACCUCGACGACGCGCAGCUCGAUGCGUUCCUCGACUUUGCCGAGCAGAACGCCGUCCUGCCAAACCACGCCAAGGCGCUGAGCUGGAGACGCGCAGAAGGCAACGACGAUCUGCUCGCCUUUGCGACGCCGGCUGGUCCAUUGGCGGAAGAGGGCGAUUCGCUCCACGACACCUCAUCGCCGCUCCACGCACUGAACGAGGCUCGUGCUGCGGCGCGCGAGGCCCUCUAUACAGCCGUGCACGCCCGCGUCGACGGCGACGAGCCGGGCACAACGUACAACCCCACAAAUCGCACGGCGCUCGAGGUGCAGCCGGACGGUGCGCAGCGCCUCGUCCGCGCCGCUGCGCGCGUCAUCGGCUGCACAGAGUUCGAGCUCGCACGCUCAGUCGGCGAAGUCGAGCGCAUGCUCGUGCGCGCUCUCCUCGACGACGCCAGGCUCAAACGCGACUCGACUGGAGCGCCGCCAGCCAAGCGCUCAGAUCGUGGCGCCGACGCGGAGCGAGCCACAAGCGCGUCUUCUGACGAGGCGGCGCCCGUCCGACGUGGGCCUGGCCGGCCACGCAAGAACGCGGCGGCAUCGUACGCCAAACAUGCCACGCUGAGUCGCAACACUGUGCUUCCCGAAACCGAGACAACUCCGCCGAAGCGCCCUCGCGGCCGGCCGCGUAAAGACUCACAGCACCCCGGCGCGUCGACGAGCGCGACCGAGCCGCGCAGCGCCGUUGAAGCUCUACCCAGGCGUCCGCGGGGCCGGCCGCGCAAGGACGACCUCGCUCGCCGCCGGUCCGGUGCACUGGAUGGCGAAGAGGCCGUGCACCCUCCGCCGCGACCGCGCCAGCCGGCCAGAGCAGCAGUUCGCCCGCCUGUGCGCGAGUUUGCCGUCUCCUCGUCCGACGACGAUUCCGACAGCUAGCAGCAUGAAUGCAUAGAUCACAACCUCGCACGCGUCUCCUUCUGCGCGUCCCGCUGGGCCUUUGCUUCGCGCGCAAGCAGCGCGCGGCCCGCACUGCUGCCGUUUGGCCGCCCGAUCUCCUCAGAGAUCCAGCCGCCGAUGCGUGCCAGCGCAGCCAGGUCGAAGCCGGUGCUGU